GGCCGGAAUAGAGUUUGAAGCCCAAUCAAAACAACAAAACCCUAGCCCCCCCGGAUGUUUUUAAUCUCAAGGCGCCCGCUCAUCUCCUCUUUUGCCGAGCACAGACGCCAGAUCAACAGCAGCGGCAACAACAAUGGUGAAGUAUUCUAAAGAACCCGACAAUCCCACCAAAUCUUGCAAAUCCAGGGGUUCUGGCCUCAGGGUGCAUUUUAAGAACACCAGAGAAACUGCACAUGCUAUUCGCAAGUUACCUCUGAUCAAGGCUAAGAGGUACUUGGAGGAUGUUCUUGCUCACAAGCAAGCUAUCCCAUUCACACGCUUCUGCAGAGGUGUUGGUCGUACUGCCCAAGCCAAGAACAGACAUUCUAAUGGACAAGGACGUUGGCCUGCUAAGUCAGCAAAAUUCAUUUUGGAUUUGCUCAAGAAUGCCGAGAGUAAUGCUGAGGUGAAAGGCUUGGAUGUCGAUUCACUUUACAUAUCUCACAUCCAAGUCAACCAAGCACAAAAGCAGAGGCGUCGCACAUACCGUGCACAUGGGAGAAUCAACCCUUACAUGUCCUCCCCCUGUCACAUUGAAUUGACUUUGUCUGAGAAAGAAGAGCCUGUCAAGAAGGAGCCUGAUACUCAACUGGCAUCUAGGAAGCCCAGAGGCAACCAGGUCCUGCGCAGUGGUGCUUCGUCUUAAUGUUUGUGGUGGCAGUGAUAGAAGGAAAAAACAAACAUAAUUUUCCCAGUAUUUGGAGAUUUUCCUUUGUUAUGCAUUUUUGUCAUGAUAUUUUUCAUAUUUAAUUUUGGUGAAUUUAGAUGGAUUUGAGUUUUUCAUUA